AUGCUGCAGACAUGGAAAUCAGACAGUGAAUAUCACAAUGACAAUGACUAUAAUGUCAUCAGAGCCAGGAAAAAGGGAUCAUGGUUGCAAAUCAGCAAAGGCAUGAAGGAGGACCUUCAUGUCUGGAAAGAGUUUUUAGACUCCUUUAAUGGGAUAUCCUUCUGGAGUGAGGACUUGUUGCUGAAAGCUGAGCUUCAGGUGACUUCUGAUGAUUCUGGUUCCAUGAGCAUGAUGUUGAAAAACUAUCAGCAUGUCCUGUCUUUGGUUUUUGCUGUGAAGGAGCUCAACGAGAACCCCAAGAUUGUGCCUAACCUCACUUUGGGAUUCCAUAUCUAUGAAAGCUAUUUUAAUGCAGGCAAGACUUUUCGAAACACCAUGAACCUUCUCUUUACUCAGAAGUGGACUAACCUCAACUAUGAAUGUGGCAUUGGGAAGAAUCUGAUAGGUGUCAUUGGUGGUCAUGACUCUGAAACUUCUCUUCACAUGGCCAUCAAUUUAGACCUCUACAAGAUUCCACAGGUUGCAUAUUGCUUAUUUCCUCCAGCUGUGAGUGGUAAAACUCCACUACCUUCUUUGUACCGAAUGGUUCCUAAUGAAGAGCACCAGUAUGCUGGGCUUGUCCAACUUUUGCUGCAUUUCCAUUGGAUAUGGGUUGGAAUCUUUAUAACGGGUGAUGAUAAAGGAGAAAUGUUUGCACAGACCUUGGUUCACAAGUUCUCCCAAAAUGGCAUCUGUCUUGCCUUCCUUGAAAGGGUGCCAAACCAGGAUGUAUUUUUAGACGUGGUUGAUCAGGAGCGACAAACUACGAAGAUGGUUUUGUUCCUGUCUCAGACAAAUGUCAGUGUGUUUGUUGUAAAUGCAGAGACUCAGACCAUGACAGCUUUACAGUGGGUGUUAGUACUUUCACAAUUGCAUUCCCUAUCUUCAUGCAAAGUGUGGGUAAUGACGGCUCAGUGGGAUUUCUCAUCAGAAAUGUUUCAAAGAAACCUGGAUAUAGAUGUCUUCCAUGGUUCCUUGUCCUUUGCAAUGCCUUCCAAUGAGGUACAAGGAUUCCAAAACUUCCUUCAGAUACUGAAUCCCCUAUCUGAAGUGGAUGGUUUUAUCAAACUCUUCUGGGAGCAAGCAUUCAGCUGUGUAUUUGAAGAGGAUGAGGACAGCUGCACAGGGGAAGAGGAUCUGGAGACCCUUCCGGCACCUUUCUUUGAAAUGAGAAUGACCAGUUACAGUUACACCAUCUACAAUGCUGUGCUUGCCGUGGUGCAUGCUUUCCAUGCUAUGAUUUCAUCCAGAAGCAAAUAUAGAAAAAUGGUGGGUGGAAACAAACUUGAGUCACCGAACUACCAACAUUUUGAGCUUCACCCUUUUUUGAGAAGAAUUUCAUUUAACAACAGUGCUGGGGACAAGGUGUCUUUUGGUGAGAAUGGUGAAUUAAUAGGCAGAUUUGACAUUACAAACUGGGUUACCUUCCCAAACAAAUCCUUCUUAAGAGUGAAAGUAGGGGAAAUGGAUCCUUACGCCGUCCAGGGCAGAACAUUCUCCAUCAAUGAGGCAAUCAUUACAUGGCCCAGGAGAUUGAAUGAGGAAGAGGCUGUGCCCCGUGCAUUGUGUAAUGACCACUGUUAUCCAGGUUACCACAGGAGACAGAAAGAAGGAGAACAGUUUUGUUGUUAUGAUUGUGUUUCAUGUCCAGAAGGGAAGAUUUCAAGCCAGAAGGAUUUAGAUGAUUGUUCCCAAUGCCCAGAAGAUCAGUAUCCAAACAGUAACCAAAAUGGAUGCCUGCUAAAGAAUUUCAGCUUCCUGUCUUAUGCAGAACCUUUGGGCAUCAGUUUGGCUGUUUCUGCUCUGACUCUUUCUCUGACCACAGCUGUGGUGCUAGGCAUCUUCAUCAAGCAUCAGGACACACCUAUCGUCAAAGCCAACAACCGGAGCCUCACCUACACUUUGCUCAUCUCCCUCCUGCUCUGCUUCCUCUGCUCCUUGCUAUUCAUUGGCCGGCCUCAGAUGCUGAGCUGCCUUCUACAACAAACUGCUUUUGGCAUCAUCUUCUCAGUGGCAGUUUCUUCUGUGUUGGCCAAAACCAUCAUUGUCAUCUUGGCUUUCAUGGCCACGAAGCCGGGAUCCAAGAUAAGGAAAUGGGUGGGGAACAAACUUGCAAACUCUGUUGUUUUGGGCUGUUCAUUCAUUCAAGCAAGUAUUUGCACUGUGUGGCUAAUUACCGAUCCUCCGUUUCCAGAUUUUGACAUGCACUCUGUGCUUGGACAGAUCAUAGUGAAAUGCAAUGAAGGAUCAGAUAGUAUGUUUUAUUACAUUCUAGGAUACAUGGGGUUUCUGGCCCUUGUCAGCUUCAUCAUAGCUUUCUUUGCUAGGAAGCUGCCUGACUCCUUUAACGAAGCCAAGUUUAUCACUUUCAGCAUGUUGGUGUUUUGCAGCGUGUGGAUUUCAUUCGUUCCAACUUAUCUCAGCACCAAAGGGAAAUACAUGGUGGCUGUGGAGAUAUUCUCUAUCUUGGUCUCUGGGGCUGGAUUACUCGGCUGUAUCUUUUCCCCCAAAAUAUAUUUAAUUGUUUGGAGGCCUGAACUGAACAACAAGGAACAGCUAAUAAGGGCUAGAAUAACUUUCUAUCCGAUAUGCACUUUUUUGUUGUUGCUAAGUUUAAGAGAUGUAGAAGAAUUCUGUGGUUUCACUGGUUUUCAGUUGAAGUUAAAUUCUGAGACAUCAUUGCAGAACACAUUCAGUGCUGACAUGAAUUCCAAAUGA